AUGGUGCCGCAUCACCCCAAAUCCGCUGGCGGGUCCCUCAGUAGCUCACAGAAUCGAGCCAUUCUCAUUACCACGCUCACAUGUUCGUCUCUCAGCUUCUGCAUCGUCUUAUACGCGCUGAGAAUCUUCAUCAUCAAACGACGAAGUUUCCGGCACCGGCUGGUCAUGCAUCUGAUCUUGAGCAACACCCUGAAAGCCGGCUUAUAUUUUGUCUUUCCAAUAGUCGUUUUCGCUCGAGGCCCCGUCCAGAGCUCAUCAACCUGGUGCCAGGCAAGCGGGUUUCUGCUUGAAUUUGGCAUUGAAGCCGCCGACAUGUCCAUCCUCAUCAUCGCUCUCCAUUCGAUGGUUUAUGUUCUGCGGCCCAACAUGAAUUCAGGCGAGGGCGGACUUUAUUCCUGUCGCAACUGGAUCUAUCUUUUCUGGCUUGGGCCACCGCUGCUAGCUGCCUCUUUGGCAUUCAUCAAGGGCGGUCAUGGCUAUGUCACGGCUGGCACGUUUUGCUACCUCCCCAAACGACCCUACUGGUACCGCCUGGCUCUGUCGUGGGUGCCGCGAUACCUGAUCAUCGGCGUCAUCGUCGUCAUGUAUAUCUGGCUCUACGUCUAUGUCCAUAUCAGAUUCCGCGGUUUUGGCAACAUUGACCUCAGCGAUACCUCCCACGGCUCCAGUUGGGAUUCGAGGCGCAAAUCUUCCACCAGACCCAUUGACAUGGAGAAGAACUUGACUGGUGUUUCUGCUCGACAGAUGAGGAUACGCAGCCAGGAUCUGUCGUUCCAGCAAGUACCGCCAUCCGGACAACUCGAACCCUGGGACUAUGUGGAAUUUAUCACCACACAAUCGUUGCCAAGUAGGGUUCCUACAGCUGAUGCCGAUGGAGAGAAUCUGCCCUGCACCGCCCGUGGGUGCAGUUGGUCUGGAGACACACAGACGCCUGUUGGCGACGGGUCGGUGAGGGCUGGCAUACCCAACUCUUCCUGGGCGGAGAGCGGAAAAACGUCUAGAGUUCCAGCUACCAUGCCCAGCCACGCGCCCAACCUGUUACAACCGGUGGCCACUUCCGACGUCGUCAACGAUCCGCUCAGACAGACAAGAAUUGCCAUUCGCAAGCAGCUACGAUAUAUGUUCGUCUACCCAGCCGUUUACGUUGUCAUGUGGAGCUUUCCGUUCGCACAGCACGCGUUGAAUUACAAUGACUAUUACGUUGAGCACCCGGUAUUCUGGUUGAAUCUAGUGACAGCACUCGUGUAUCAUUUUCUCCUUGACGGAAAAGUCUCGCCAAACAGACGAUUGCUCGUUGCGGGAGAGCCUGGCAUGGACAUGGCGGCGCAUCAAGACCUUUUUACGGCCUUUAGAGCAGUAUCGACGACGACAGAGAGAUGUGCCAUGGCUGGAAGCGAGUUCUUUUUCAGAUACAAUGUCACCGGUGGCUUCACGCACCCGGUCCAGGAGCCCCGGAAAGCCAGCAAGAAUCCCGCAUUCAACGACUAG